AUGGAUAUCAAUAACGCGUUUUUGCAUGGUGAUCUUAAUGAAGAAGUAUAUAUGGUGCUUCCCCCUGGAUUUCAAACCGAGAAGCUGAAUCAAGUGUGCAAAUUGACAAGAUCACUCUAUGGCCUAAAGCAAGCGAGCCGUCAAUGGAAUGCCAAGUUAACAGCUACUUUAUUACAAGUUGGAUUCAAACAAUCAAGUGCAGAUCCUUCAUUGUUCACAAGGGGUACUGGUACAGAAUUCAUUGCCCUUCUUGUCUACGUCGAUGAUAUCUUAAUGGCCAGUAGCAAACUAUCUCUUAUCCAGGAGCUGAAAGAUUUAAUGCAUGCUGCCUUCAAAAUCAAGGAUUUGGGUGUGUUUGGUUAUUUUCUGGGGAUGGAAGCCACAAUCAGCAGUUCUGGCCUUAACCUGUGCCAACGAAAGUAUGCCCUCGAGAUACUUGAAGACGCUGGUUUCCUACACUGCAAACCGGUACGCACGCCCAUGACACCGGGAGUGCUUUUAACUCACACCGAUGGCAUACCUCUUUCUGAUCCAAGCAGCUAUCGGCGAUUAAUCGGGAGGCUAUUAUACCUUACAGCAACUAGACUAGACAUCACGUUUGUUGUACAUCACCUUAGUCAGUUUGUAAGCACACCUACUGACAAACAUAUGAUAGCUGCUCACCGCAUAUUAAGAUAUAUUAAGGGAUCUCCUGGCCAGGGAGUGUUCUACCCAACCAACAACAAACUCAAGCUUCAAGCUUUCUCAGAUUCCGACUGGGCAUCUUGCUCAGAAACUCGCAGAUCAGUCACAGGCUUUUGUGCCUUCUUAGGUACAUCCCUCAUCUCAUGGUGCUCAAAGAAACAAGCUACGGUUUCCAAAUCAUCCUCUGAGGCAGAAUAUAGAGCCUUAGCCAUGACAACAUGUGAAUUACAGUGGUUAAACUCCCUUCUUCAAGACAUGCAAGUAACCACAACUGAGCCUAUCAUUAUUUUCUGCGACAGUAAGUCUGCUAUGGCAAUUGCUGAGAACCAUGUGUUCCACGAAAGGACUAAGCACAUUGAGAUCGAUUGCCAUGUCGUGAGAGAAAGGAUUGUCCAGGGUUUGAUUAACUGUUAUCUGUGUCCUCGGUUAACCAAAUAG